UGAAUAUGUCUGCAUUGAGAUCAGCGGACAGUCCUCUAAUUAUUGAUGUUACACCACCUAUAGCAGGAGAAGUUUAUGAUGGUCCUCUUUAUAAACAUGAUCUGAUGUUUACCAAGGAUAGCAAUAAGAUCUGUGCCAAUUGGGUAGAUUUCUACGAUCCCGAGUCUGGUUUGUCAUAUUUCUCUGUGUUUGUUCGCUCAUCGGACAAUGAUAUGUAUCUGACCAAUGGAACUGAUUUUGAUCAUCGAACACACGAAGCCUGUAUAGAAUUCGAAGAUGGCCUGCUAGAACAUUCCAAGAAAUAUUAUAUCGAGUUGUGGGCUUUUAAUGCUGGUCAUCAACAACUGAAUGUAUCUGGAAAAUCUGAUGGUGUAAUUGUUGACCUAACUGUACCAGUUGAAGGGGAAGUAGUAGAUGGAAAAAGAGAUAAUUUUACUGAUAUACAGUUUAGUGGUGCUACAGCAACUGUUGCAGGGCAAUGGAAAGGGCAGUUUGAUCCAGAAUCUAGUAUAAAAUCGUUGGCAGUUCAGAUACUCAGAGCCAAGAAUAUUUCUGAAGAUUUUAAGAUACUUCGAGAUUGGCACGAAGUUGAUAAUGAUACAAACUCAUUUGAAUGGCAUAAUUUCCAUCUUCACCAUCAAGAUAGUGUCAAAAUACGAUUACUAACCACGAAUGGCGCUCUGGGCAAAAUUACUCAACACACAGAUGGAUAUGUUGUUGAUUUGACUCCACCUACUUUAAUUUAUUUAAAUGAUGGAGGUCAACAGAGACAAGACGUUGAUUACCAGUCAUCAAAUUCUUUCAUCUCGGCUAAUUAUAAAUUUAUUGAUGAAGAAUCUGGAAUAGAUCAUUAUAAAUACCAGAUUUAUCAGUUAUACCAAGGUUCUAAACAUCAGAUAUAUCCAGGGAAAGGUAAAUGGACUGAAAUACGAAAUCCCGAAGAAGAUUCUUUAGAAGUGACAAGCCUUACCUUACAAAAUGGAGCUAAAUACAGUGUUAGA